AGAGAGAGAGAGAGAGAGUGUGUAUAACUUUGGGAAACAUAGGAAGAGGCAGCAAAGGGAACAAACUUUUCUCUCUUGGCUGCUUCAUUUUGGACUUUUUCACAUUUCAUCAGAGACCUCAGUGUUGACAGAGCGGAGACAAGGGAGGACAAUUUGUUUGCUUUACUAGUUAAAGAGUUAUUUCUCUGGGGUUUUUUUGUGAUCAACAAGACGUUGAAGAAUUUGUUUUGUGGCAUUUUUAUCUGAUUAUUGCUUCACUGUCUGAGCUAUUUGAAGAAGGCGUGACCACAGAUCUGAAAUCCCUCCAAACAUUAGCUGCAGCUUUCUCCAGCUCAUGGGACUGUGAAGGCUGGACUGAGACACACACACACAUAUACACACACACACCUGUUGUUGCUGAGGAUUCCCCAGGAGCUCAGUCAUGGGCAUCUGCGUCACCGUUGCUUGAGGGAAUCUGCGCGUCUGUGCAGCUGUUAUCUGGCAGCAGCUUCAGUGAAUGUUACAGUAGAAGUUGACCUGCCAGUCCAGAGAAGAGAGGGGGGAGAUGUCUACCUACUAUCCACGCACCAAGGACCUGACCCGUACCAGGAAGUCACUGACAGAUUCACCACCUUCUUCUCCGUCCCCUACAGACAAAAACUACAGACAUGACAGAUUGUCAAGAUAUGACUCCAGUGGGGAGAGUGCGACAGACAAACCACUGGGCCGCACCAGCUCUUACACUCGGAGAGAGACAAGGCUGGCUGCUCUGAACAGACAGGAGCAAGACUCGGCUACCAAAGACUAUAAGAAGAUGUAUGCAGAAGCUCUGCAUGAGAAUGAGAAGCUCAAGUCCAGGUUGCAGGACAGCAAACAGGAACUGGUCAAGAUACGUUCUCAGCUGGAGAAAGUCACACAGAGGCAAGACAGAAUAUCAGAGAGAUCUACAGCACUUGAAUCGGAGAAAAGGGACAAACAAGCUCUUGAGAAAAGAGUGUCAAACAUGGAGGAUGAGAUAAAGGAAUCGCGUCAAACCACAGAUGUUUCUGUUAAAACCACAUUGAGGUUCACCUCAAAAAGUCAGGCGGAGGGCGGAAUGAAUCAUUUCUUUUCCUUUGACUUAAAGCAGCAGUAGGUAGAAAUGGAGCAAAUAUGAUUAAAAAAGAUCUUAACAGAGCUCAAGUCAGACAACCAGAGGCUUAAGGAUGAGAACGGGGCUCUCAUUCGAGUCAUCAGCAAACUGUCCAAAUGAAAAGAUGUCUGAAGCUCCUGUUCUGUGUGUGUGGACGCUCCAACCCCAGAUAUGGAAGUUUAACUAUCCACCGUGUCCCAAGUUGUGACUCCUCCCUGAGUUAUGGUGAUGGCUGCUCUGCAGAAAUAAAUUCCUGUUGGGACUCAUGAAGAUCCAAAGAGUUAAGGAGUUUCAGUCAAAUUUCACUGUGUGUGAUGACAGAGUUACAACCAUUUCUUCAUGAUUAGUUAUUUUCACAUUAACCAAAUAGGGACCAGUUGUACUGUUUGAAUAACCUUUCAAGGCCCAGUUCAAACUAAUCCAGGGGCUUGCAUGAAGGUACUGUUUCUAAUAUUAUAACCACACAUCACAUAGAGAAAUCACGUUUGUUGCUACAUCGUGCACUGCAGGAAAGUAUUUUUUAAUGUUGUCUUAAUUGAGAAAGAAGAGAGAAGCAAAGGGCCCCAAAGGCCACUCUGGCAUGAAGAAAUAAUUGUUAUAAUUUCAAUCAGAAUAUAAAUGACCACACAGGUAAAAUUAAACAGGUGCUCCGGUUCCAGAAGCUACAUAAUAAUAUGAAUCCAUCAAGGCAUCUGAGUAGCAAGAACCACUGAAGAAGAUGCAGCUCUUCUAACGGCAAGUCGAUGUUUGCUCUAAACUAAGAAUGUAUUGAAGUGAAAAUCCAGCUUCUUCCAUUCGUUUUUAUAUAAGAUGUUAUAUAAAACCAAUCGUUUUGAACAUUUUUACUCUAUGAUAAAGAUAUGAAAGCUUA